AUGGAAGAAAAUUCCGGCGUUCCUGAGAGUGAUAACUCCCGAGAAAGUUAUGUUGAGGGUGUGGAUACCCAACCACCUGCGGAUGUGUUUUCCCAGGAAAUCACCGAGUCAGUGAAUGUCUUGGUAAAUAACGGAUCAAGUGUAGGCGCUUACACACUUGAUCUGGUGACGCCUUCGAAGUCAGCUUCGGAGGUGGUCAAGUUUCCAACGCUAGAAUCCAAAAGAUUCUUGCGAGAUCUGCGUAGUGACAAGUUCAAGCAGAUCUGCGUACUUGUCACAGAAGACGAGUACAUCGCCGAUAUUCGGUCGGCACAAGUGUUUGCUGAGAACAAACGGGUUCUUAGUAGUUCAUCGAUGGACGAGAGUGUUCUCAAUGAGAAGACCCGGAUUGAGCGAUACACGUCUCAAUCUUGGAAUUCUUUGAAAACACAUCCCUUGCAUAUGGAUAUGGUGGGAUUUAGGGAUGUUUUCCCGGGAUCCGUGCCAUGCGAGAUGCCUAAGUAA